AUGGUCAUUAUGCUGAUGUAUUGGGGCGUGGAGCCAUCUAGACUAUUUACUAGGCAUCUGAUUAUAGAGAUGGUAUUGAAGUUGCAUGGAACAAGACACACUAAAAGCAUCAACUUCAUUACUAAAUUUUGUCCAUCAAGGACCUUGAGACAGUAUCGGCAAAAGCACAGGCAUGUUUCAAUGCAUGCAAUAAAUAAUUGGGCAUGGUGGAUAUUGAAGGGCUUGAAUUAUUUGCAUGGUUGUAGCCCUCGAAUUAUUCACAGGGACUUGAAUUGCUCCAACAUUUUUGUGGAGGGAAACUCUGGCAUACUCAAGAUUGGGGAUUUGGGACUUUCUUGUGUUCUUGGGCAAGAUGGGUUUGCACAUAGUGUUGUUGGUACAUCUGAAUUCAUGGCUCUUGAAUUGUAUGAGGAUAAUUAUAAUGAACUAGUGGAUAUCUAUUCAUUUGGAAUCUACAUGUUGGAGAUGGUUACCAUAGAGAUUCCAUAUAGUGAGUGCAGUAGUGUAGCUCAAGUUUACAAGAAGGUGACUUCUGGUAGAAUGCCCACAUCUUUGGGAAAAGUUCUGGAUCCACAAGUUAGACAAUUGAUUGAGAAAUGCUUGGCACCAAGAAUGGUGAGGCCUUCUGCUGCAGAGCUUAUGAUGGAUCUAGUCUUCAAUCACGUUCACCUGGUUUGA